AAGUGGCCUUCGUAGAAGACACCUGGGAACCGUUGUAGUCCGUAAAUUGGUCCGUCUUUGCUAGCGUUUGGUAAUAAUACCAACGACUGUUUCCUCUCCGUUCUUCCUUUUCCAAAGUUUACAGGCAAGUUUAAAACGCGCGCGUGAGCGUAUAAAGCUGCAGUGUGGCAUUCAGCGUAAUAGGGGGCGUUAGAGAGCUGUUUUCUUUUUUUGUACUCCCAACUAUACGAACCUGCUAGUCUGCAUUCCUGCUCAAAGUAGCAGAGAGUUAGCGACGGCGUUAUUCAGCUGGCAGGUGCGUGUGGCACGUUGGUUCCCAGUCCGCACACCCCUUAUAACUUCAGUGAGCUCUAUUAAUGAAUUCGUUUAGGGAUAAUGACGCUAAAUACACAAUGUGACUUAAGUAUUGGGGACUUACUAGCAUAAAGCGAAGACGCAUCCGCCCGCCCCCCUAGCAACCGUAGCGAGUUAGCAUAAACCCGUGACUGUGGUUGAGAUACAGUACAUGGAUGUUUACGCGAGUACAAAACAAGGCCAGGGUGUUUAAGUUAUUACCGACCGAGGCGGUUUGCCUGCGAAGAUAAAUGUUGGCUAAAUGGCAAAACCCGACAGGGACGAUGGAGAGCUUGAGUUUCAGGGUAGCGUGGAGCAGCUGACAAGCAACGGGAGCACUCGGUCGUUUGGCUCCGAUGCAGUCACACUGGACUCCGACGCCACUGAAACGUCUGGGGAGAAAGAGGUGGACAAGUACGGAUUCACAGGUGGAGCCCAGCAGUAUCGAGGACUCCAUGCAGAAGAAAUCCCCACGGAGGUGCUGAGGCAGCGGGAGGCCAAAUGGCUUGAGAUGCUCAACAGCUGGGACAAGUGGAUGGCUAAAAAGCACAAGAAGGUGAAAGCUCGCUGUCAGAAGGGGAUCCCGCCAUCGUUGCGUGGUCGCGCCUGGCUCUACCUCACGGGAGGAAAAGUGAAGGAGGAACAAAACCGGGGCAAGUUCCAGGAACUGGACAGCCAACCCGGAGAUCCCAAAUGGGUAGAUGUCAUCGAGCGAGAUCUCCACCGACAGUUUCCCUUCCACGAAAUGUUUUCAGCCAGGGGGGGACAUGGGCAGCAAGACUUGUUCCGUGUGCUGAAGGCGUACACGCUGCACCGUCCCGAGGAGGGCUACUGUCAGGCUCAGGCUCCCAUCGCCGCCGUGCUCCUCAUGCACAUGCCUGCGGAGGACGCGUUCUGGGUCCUUGUACAGAUUUGUGAGAAGUACCUUCCUGGAUACUACAGUUCAGGGCUGGAGGCCAUCCAGCUGGACGGAGAGAUCCUGUACGCUCUGCUGCGGCGGGUGUCUCCCGUGGCGCACCGUCACCUCAAGCAACACAAGCUGGAUCCCAUCUUGUACAUGACCGAGUGGUUCAUGUGCGCUUUCUCCCGCACGCUGCCCUGGGCUUCCGUGCUUCGCGUGUGGGACAUGUUCCUUUGCGAGGGAGUGAAGAUCCUGUUCCGUGUGGGCCUGGUCCUGCUCAAAUGCAUGCUGGGAUCUCAAGAGAAGGUGAGAGCCUGCCCGGGUCUUUACGAAACGAUGGAGCGUCUCCGGGCCAUACCGCCACAAUACAUGCAGGAGCGUUUCCUGGUGCAAGAGACCAUAGAGCUGUCCGUAUCGGAGAAAGACAUCGAGAAAGAGCACCUGGCGCAGCUGCGGCGCUGGAGAGACGCCCGCGGCGACCUCCAUUACAGAUCCCCUCCCAGGAUGCACGGCGCAAAGGCCGUCAUGGCCGCCGAGCCGCCGGACCGACAGGAUUUGAGGCAGCGGCCCACCAUCGUAGUGGAGUCUCCCUCGGAGGUCGACGGCGGCAAGCACACUCGCAAGGCCAGAAGGGAGAAUCGGAAGAAGAGCGCUCUGCCGCCGCAGGCGACGGAUAAAACGCCGCCGUCUCUCGAGGCACCAUCGCCUCUCCUGCAGCCAGUGAGUACGCACGCGUCCAGAGAGAGCGUGAGCAGUGCCGACCACGACACGUAUUUGUAGCACGGCGCCAGUCAUUCCAUAGCAGAGAUGAUCGAGAUUUCGUUGAAAUGGGUGAUUCUUAAAAUGUGUAGAAUUUCAAAACACUUGACAUAUUUGUCGAAUACCUUUUGGGAAAGUCAAGAGUGUGGGACAUCGGCGGAAAGCCGCAUGAGCAUUUAUUCAAUCUCCUUGAUGUCCAAUUGAAGGUCCGGGGAUUACUCGUAUGUGGUUUGUCCUCACUAUUAGGUGUGUCAGUUAAUUUUAUCAUCAUUAUCGACAAUCAUUGACCGUACGAGUCACGGACAGGCGACUCGUAAAAUGUGUUGUUGGAUAGUGUGCCGAAAGCUGUUGGACUCGUGAGAACACGAUGGCUGAGCUAGUACAUGGACCCGAAGUUGGAUGUCAAGGAUCCCGAAUGAAUUUUCAAAUGGCUUUAUGGAAGACGCUGGAGCAUUUAUUUAUGGUCGUACGAGCAGUGGGAAAGAACGUUCGUAGGAAGACGAGUCAUUCCUCCAGUGUGCUGUCUUACUCAUGAGGACCUUAAACUUAAUCGAAUACAAAUGUGUAAUCUCCCAAAUGAACUGAAGGUGGCGAUGAUGAAUUGCUUGCACUUUUUAUCAGGUAUAGGUCAGUGAGAGGCUGGAGCAGCUCUUUGGUGUGCAUGACUUAACAUGCUAACUGACUUGAAUUGGCUCGUGCUGUUAUUUAAUGUAAAGGAGCGAUUUGAUCGUGUCCGAGCAGAAAAAAAAUAGAAUUACUCACCAGCCACAAUAUUAGGUGCAUCAUCUAAUAAGAUCCACAAUGCUAGUUUUUUGAAGAAAUAAUGACCUCUAUAAAGGCAAUACUGUAAUGCCAAUUUUGUAUGCCGGUGGGGGUGAUCAUGAGAUUGUGCAUUUGUACCUAAUGUUGUGUCCAGUUGCCGGCCAUGUUACAUGACACAACAAUAAUAAUAAU